UCUGACAACUAGAAUUCCCCAAUCCAGUAAUUUGGUACUCCGCAACCAAUCAAUCAUUGAGCAAUCUUUCUCGACAAAAUGGGAGACACGCAACCAUUGGAGGAGAUUCCCAAGACCUGCAUAGCAGGCGUUGUUGUCAACGAAGGCCCCAACUUCCACAUCGAAGUCGUAAAAGACGCUCCCGUCCCCACCCCCGGCCCCAACCAACUUCUCCUCCGCCUCAAUGUCACCGGUCUCUGCGCCUCCGACAUUCACUUCUGCAGCAAUGAUCUCGACUUCGGAAUCGGAAUGAAAGAUUUCAACGUCAGAUCUCCUGGUCAUGAAGGUGCUGGAGUCGUCGUGGCGAUUGGAGCUGGAGUGGAGAAUUGGAAGGUUGGAGAUCGUGCGGGUAUGAGGCCUAUGUGGGAUACCUGUCAUCAGUGUGAUCAGUGUUUUGGCAAGGAGGAACAGUAUUGUCCGAAGGUUGUGCAUUGUGGGUUGAUGGUUAGUGGGAGUUAUCAGCAGUAUGUUCUUACGCCUGCGAACUACACCAGUCGUAUCCCGGAUGGAGUGCCAGAUGAGAUUGCCGGGCCAAUUAUGUGCAGUGCUAGCACUAUGCAUUGUGCUUUGAGAGAAGGUGGCUUCAAGAGUGCAGACUGGGUCGUUUUCCCUGGAGGUGGUGGUGGCGUUGGUAUUCAGGGUGUGCAGUUGGCGAAGGCAAUGGGCAUGCGUCCAAUCGUCAUCGAUAGCGGCGAUGCCAAAAAGGAACUCGCACAACGUUGUGGAGCAGAGAUCUUCCUCGACUUCAAGGAGGAGAAAGACCUUCCUGCCAAGGUCAAGGAAGUCACAGGUGGAGUUGGUGCUCACGGUGUGAUUGUCACUGCGUGGCAAUCCUACAAAGACUCCCUCUCCUACCUCGGCAACCGCGUUGGCGGCAAAGUCGUCUGCAUUGGUCUCCCACCCGCAGAAGCACAAGUCAUCAUCGGCACCUCUCCAACACAGUUCAUCAUGUUCAAGCAAUCUGUCACGGGAGCUGUGGUGGGUACGAUGCAAGAUACGUCGAUGGCAUUGGAGUAUGCACAACGUGGACUGCUGAAGCCUAUUUGUGAGGUUAGGGGAAUCAGCAGAUGGGCGGAGAGUGUGGAGCAGUUGAGGAAGGGACAGGUCGCUGGUAGAAUUGUGAUUGCUUUUGAUAAGGAGUAA